AUGACAGCUUGUAGCAAAAGAUCCCAGUUUCACAGUGGGGUCCUGGGCAUCUACCACUUGGGGGCAGCGUCUGCCCUUUGCAAGCACGGCAGGAAGCUGCUGAAGGACGUGAAGGCCUUUGCAGGCGCCUCUGCGGGCUCCUUGGUGGCCAAGGUCCUGCUGACAGCACCGCAGAAAUUGGAGGAAUGUAAAGCAUUCACCUACACGUUUGCUGAAGAAAUCCACGGGCAGUUCUUUGGGGCCAUGACGCCCUGCUACGACUUCAUGGCCCGACUCAGGUGUGGGAUGGAGUCCAUCCUCCCCGCCAAUGCCCACCAGCUGGCCCACCGCCGACUUCAUGUGUCCAUCACUAACACCAGGACCAGGCAGAACUACUUGGUGUUCAGCUUCAGCUCCUGGGAGGACCUCAUCAAGGUGCUGCUGGCUAGCAGCUUUGUGCCCAUCUACACUGGGCUGACACUGGUUAAGUACAAAGGGCAGGCUCUCAACCCCCCUGACGAUCCACGCCCUGACAGGCCCCGCAUACCAUCCCCGAUGCUCCGCGCGGCGGUUUUAACGCACCUGCUGUCCCGCCUCGCGUCCCUCGUCGGCGCCCGCACCUGCUCGGGCUCCCACAACGCAUGCGCAGGUGAUGGCACUAACGGCCAGCGGAAGUGA